ACACUCUCUUCUUUAAGGACUGUACAGCGACCCGCUAACUAGGACAUUUAAGAGCGCUUGGUGGAGCCGAUCGAAAUGGUGUAUAGAGGCAAGCCUUCAGAAUCAUGCUUCGGUUGCCGAAAUAGGCGCAUCAGAUGCGACAAGGACAGAUCUGGGUGCUCGCAAUGCAAGCGAAUGCGCAUGCCCUGUCCAGGGUACCCCGAUCCUUGGGAGCAAGCCUUUCGCGAUGAAAGUAUCAAAGUCAAGAGGAAGGCACAACAAACUUACAAGAAGAAAGCCUCAAAGUCCAAGAGUGAUUGUAACGGCGUUCAUCGGGGCGCAAUACCUUCGACGUCGAAUGAGCUUUCGGCAAGCUUCUCGCUGGGCCUCGAUGAUACACAGUUGGCCCCGUCGCAGUGGAGAUUGGUGCCAUCGAUCGAAGAAGUAGCACUCGCACAUUUCAUGUCAUCUUACAUCCCCGAAAGUCGUUUUGGAUAUCUACCAAAUAUGUAUGCGAAGCUCGGGCGCGACAUCUCGCUCUUAGCAGCCAUAGAUGCUGCAUCGAAAGCUCGGCUUGCCUGGGAAUUUGGAGAGCCUGGAAUGAUGGAAGCGGCACGCGCCUCGUACGCCAAAGCGUUGACCGAGACUAAUGCAGCGCUCGCAGAUCCGGUCACCGCUCUGCAAGAUGCAACGCUCGUUUCAGUCCUGCUGUUGAGUCUCUUCGAAACCAUGAUCUGGGCCGGGACAGGUGUUCCGGACAAUUGGGUGACCCACACACAGGGUGCUCUCACACUCGUUCGACUGCGUGGUAAACAGCAACUCGAAACAGAUGUCGGUCGCCAGCUGUUCACGCACGUUACCAAUAUAAUAUCGGUCACCAGCCUUCGGAUGAGACAGAAGAUACCGCAAUACGUUAUCGAGCUACAGACUGAAGCUACCCGACACGAUGACGAGAAGCACCCACUAUACCUUGUCACGCGCUAUACAGGUGAUUUGGCAAAUUUGACUGCGGAUAUCGCUGGAGGAAAGAUGCCUGUGGACGACAUUUUGGAAUCCACAAGGAGAAUGGACGGCAAAUAUUUGGCUUUUCUAGAGAACAUAUCGCGUACCUGGGGGUGUCGGACUACUGUCCUCGACGAGGACGACCCGGACAUUUAUGGCCGAUUGAUCCACGAAUAUCCGAGACCCAGAAUGGCGAUAGUUUGGAAUACGGUUCGCAUGACUAGGAUCUUCCUGAACGCAAUCAUAUACGGCCACGCCUCUCUGUCGACAGUAUCCUCUGCUGCUACCCUUAAAGCGCAAGCCCAACGAAAUGUAGAGCGAAUGGCGGCUGACAUCUGCGCAUCGGUCUGGCAUUUUUUGAACCCCAAGACGUUCAGUGCUGCAUGCGCAGCUACCCUGCUGUGGCCUUUGUCGGAAGUGAGAGACUCAGAUUUGGUACCCAACGACCUAAGAGUCUAUGCGAUGGAAACGUUGAAGCGACUUGCACGUAGGCUGCGCAUGCCCGGACCGUUGCAGGAUGGUUUGCAUGUGUUCUACCUUACAUGACCAAUGUGAAGAGCUUUGGGGAGUGUUGUUCAGAAGUUGUAGGGACAUGUCGAUAGCGCUUCGAUGUGUCAUGAGGUGAGGACGGUUGUUGCGCAGGAAACGGAAGAACCCAGGACCUUUGGCAGGUGUGACGACGCUACGAGCCGAGUCUCGCUCCACUUCGGGAACCACGGUAGCCCGCUUUUCCUCUCCUCCCACUCCACCCAUCUCCGAUAUCUGUCGUUCAUACACAUUCUCCACAACACUAUCUUUUGGCAAGCAUCGUACAUUUGCUGCCCUGUUCCAGCCACGAUAU